GUUAUUGCUUUGUUAUUCACACUUGCAGAAUGACUGUGUAAUUUUUUGCUUUUCCCCUUUUUUCGUUACCUUUGACUUGCCAAAAAUGCAUGAAAGAUUUGGAUUGGCUGGUGGCUCGGCCGCUGUUGGAGGAAGGUCGACGUCAUUGACUUUUUAUGAAAAAUUCUUUCCCCGCUCCGGGUCGAAAAAAUUUUUUCUAUCCAUUACAACCAAUCUCGUGGAAAAAGGAAUUCUCCCUCUUUUUCAGCUCCAAGUCACUUUCACCAUGGUCAACUUGCGCACCCAGAAACGUCUGGCCUCUUCGGUCCUCAAGUGUGGUCAAAGAAAGAUUUGGCUUGAUCCCAACGAGGUCAACGAGAUCUCCAACGCCAACUCUCGUGCCAACAUUCGCAAGUUGGUCAAGGAUGGUUUGAUCAUCCGCAAGCCCGAGAUCAGCCACUCCCGCUUCCGUGUCCGUGAGCGCAACGCUGCCAAGCGUCUCGGUCGCCACAUGGGCCACGGUAAGAGAAAGGGUACUGCUGAUGCCCGUAUGUCUCGCCAGGUUUUGUGGAUGCGCCGCAUGCGUGUCCUCCGCCGUUUGUUGCGCAAGUACAGAGAGGCUGGCAAGAUCGACAAGCACUUGUACCACUCCUUGUACCUCAAGUCCAAGGGUAACGGUUUCAAGAACAAGCGUGUCUUGAUGGAAUACAUCCACAAGGCCAAGGCCGAGAAGCAGAGAGCCAAGACCCUCAACGAACAAGCUGAAGUUCUCCGUGCCAAGAAUAAGGCUCUCCGUGAACGUCGCAAGCAGCGCGCCGAGGAAAAGAGAACCGUCUCUCAACAGUAAAUGUCAUCCUCCCCGCAUUUUUGAAUCGUUCUCAAUAAAAAGUAAAAUCACACUUGUCAUUAAAAAAAUUGUCUCCAUGGUGGCGUAGUCAGUUGGUUGCUCGGAUCAGGAAAAGAAAAAAAAAUCACAAAAGGAAAAU